CGCUAGACAAGUCCGACAGAACAGACUGUCUCCACAAUAAAAAAACGAAUAAAAAUACAACAUGAUUUUUUUCUUUUAACUCUUUAUUUCAUUUAAGUGAAUAAAAACUCCUCAGUGAAGUUCUCGAUUAAAAAGCGCUUCGCUAAGUUAACCAUCGCUGCCGCCUGUCAUGACAAUCCAGUUUGACACAAACUGACGAAGGAUUUUACUUAACGAAGUUUUUUUUGACUGCUCUAAUGGAAAGUUUUAUUCCGUAAACGGCUUUUGUACGGCUGAAGUGAAAGCGGCAAACAUGGGAAAAUGGCAGUUCACAAUGGACCCGGUGCAGGAGUGGGGCGAGGAGGUAGAGGAUGGGGCCAUUUAUGGGAUCACUCUUCACAGAGAGCCCAUCCAGCCCGUGCCGGACGCGGCCGGAAACGAUUGUGUCAGUGGUUUCAUGCAGUACCGUACGCUGAAGGUCCGCAGGUUAAAAGCGGCCCCUCUGGAACGUCUCGUGACAGAACUGGUGAACCCAGAGUGCCCUGACCCAGACUACAUGCAAAUAUUUCUCUCCACUUACAGAGCCUUUACAGACACAAAUACUCUCGUCGAGCUCCUGUUUCAAAGAGAGGACGUGGACACCAAUCUGGACAAAAGUGUCUGUGUCAGGAGCACUCUGCCCCGUCUGAUCCGGCUGUGGUUAGAUGAGUAUCACGAAGAUCUCCGGGACCCUCCGGAUCGCCAGGCUCUGCGUCUGCUCUGCGUUCAUCUGCGUCAUCGCUUGUGCUUCAGACGUCUGGCUCAUCAAGCCGAAGCUCUUCUCAAAGCGUUUCAGACAGAAGAUACGCAGACGGGUGAUUGUGCAUCAUCAUCAUCAGGUUGUGCUGCCUCUGUGAAGCCCACAAGAGAGGAAACCGUGGAAACACAGGACACAGAGAUGGGAAAUGUUCUGGAGUUCCCUGCACAAGACAUUGCAGAGCAGCUCACGAUGUUGGAUGCUGAGCUCUUUGUUAAAGUGGUUCCGUUUCACUGCCUUGGCUGCAUUUGGUCUCAGAGAGACAAGAAAGAGAAUCGGGAUCUAGCGCCCACGGUCCGUGCCACCAUUUCUCAGUUUAACGCCGUCACAAACUGUGUGAUCACCUCACUGUUGUGCCCACCUGCCACCUCACCACCCGGCUCCCUGUCCUCCCCUCACAGCAGCCCAACACAGAGGGCAAAGGUCAUUGAGAUGUGGAUCUCUGUGGCUCAGGAGUGCCGUCAGCUGAAAAACUUCUCCUCUUUAAGAGCCAUCUUAUCUGCUCUUCAGUCCAAUGCUGUCUACCGGCUAAAGAAAACAUGGGCAGCAAUUUGCAGGGAGAGCGUGGCUACAUUUGAUAACCUCUGCGAAACCUUUCCCGAUGAGAAAUGUGUGCUGACAAAUAGAGAAAUUUUUGUAGAGGAAGGAAACCAGGCAGCAGAGGUAGACACUGUGCCUCCAAAGCCAAGUCCCGCAUCUAAACACAUGACGUCGACUAGUGGUGAGGUGCCGUACCUGGGCACUUACCUGACCGUUCUCACCAUGCUGGACACAGCACUAAGUGAUAACGUAGAGGGGGGUCUCAUUAACUUUGAGAAGCGUAGAAAAGAGUUAGAGAUUCUGUCUCAGAUCAGACAGCUGCAGGCAUCGUGUGCUCACUACACCCUCCAAACACAUCCUCACAUCGGUGCUUGGAUCAACAGCGGCAUGUCCCUCUCCGACCAGAAGAGCUAUGAAUUGUCAAGAGAGUUGGAGCCUCCUGUUGACCCCAGUCCCAGCUCUCCAAACCCCUGGAGCCAUCGACUCUUCUCCAAAAAACUCACCUCAUUGCUGUCAGGUGGUGAGAGUCUCUCUAAGAAGACUCUGGGUGAUCAGAUCAGCGUAUCGUCUUCUGGCUCCAGUGGUUCAGAGAUGGAAGAUCUCAGCAGCCCCAACAUGUCACCCCUUAGAUACAAAGGACAGUCGCCAUCUGUAUCUUGUCAGGACAUCUCAGAGGACACGCCCCCGUCGUCUCGAACUCCACCCGCUUCCUUCAGAAGAACCUUACAUGGAGAUCUGUCGGAAAAGAACUGUGAAAGCCCCUCCCCUACGUCAUCUGCAUCAUCGUCAUCAUCGAUAUCAUCAUCUUCAUCAUCUUCAUCGUCUCCCCUCCAACAGCACGCAGUCCCGCAUCCGUUGUACAACAAGCAGGUUGCUGAUUCAUGUAUCGUCAGGGUCAGUGUGGAAUUUGGCAACAACGGCAACAUGUAUAAAAGUAUUUUGAUAACAAGUCAGGACAAGACGGCUCAAGUGAUUCAGAGAGCCUUGGAGAAGCACAACCUAGAGGACAUGAACUGCCAGGAUUUCACUCUCACUCAAGUGCUUUCUAACGACAAAGAGUUGCUGAUCCCAGAGAAAGCUAAUGUGUUCUAUGCCAUGUGCACCACUGCCAAUUAUGACUUUGUGCUUCGCCAGCGUUACAAAAAUCACAGCAGAACACAAAGCUCGACAUGGAGUCUACGUGGACGCAAGUAACAGCGCCUGUAUGGACUGCCAUUGAGUAACAUUAUAGACUUCAUGUUUCAGUGGCUAUCAAACACGCACGCUAUGGAUGACUCGCUUGUGGUGACUUUGUUUUAAGACGAAGCAACAAAACUGAAAUCAAAGAGGGUGCAAGUUGACAUGGAAAACCGGUGACUGUUGGAUUUCAAACUUGGACAGAUUAAAAAAAACCCUGUGGAUUCAUCGUUUGACCAGUGUGCUAGGAUCAGAUUUUAAGAAAUCUGUGCCACUUUAUAUCGGCUGCAGAAAAAGUUUCCAUUCAUGUAGAAUUCCCUGAUUCACCAUCUGAAAGAGCCGAAACUGAAGGAAGAAUCAGAGAUGCAUAUACAAGUACUCAAAAUGGAAACUGUAAUAUACAGCCACAUCUACUGCCAGCACACGGGUGAUGUAGGUUCAUACAGAUAUUUAUGUAGCUAAUAUUUAGUGAACAGAAAAUAUCCAAUAUAAAUUUAACCGAAUAUAUAGAAAAGACAACUCCGUACUUCUCUAUGUGAAAGUAUAAUAAUGUGGAGAUAAUAUAUUACAGUUUUAAUAAUAAAGGUCAGAUUAUUUUAAUCACAAUAUUUUAAAGGGUUUGCUGCAUUUCAGUUUUAGGGUAUUUAAUUUAUUCAUUUUAUAUGCGCACAUUAACUUAAUUGUUUGUUUGUCUGUUUUCUUCUAUGUAAGUUUUCCUUCUGCUUUUAUGGUUUUAAGUUUGAGCUAAUUUUAUGUGCAAUAAUCCACUAAAAUCUAGUUUUCACAGUUUGUGAUGCUGUAAGUGAAUGAAGGACGAUGUUCUUUGAAUUGAAGUGCCUAGUCUUUAUCUGCAUCAAAGAUGCUUUAUAUGAAGUUGUGCAUGUUCUGAUGGUUUUUUCUAACAGCGUCAUGAACAAGCUACUUAUCCAUAUUGGAUAUCCUCAAACUCUCUGAGCAAAUGGGAUCUCAAAGGCGCUGAGCACUGGAUAUAUCUCAUUGAGAUGAACUAGUAUGUGUUUUAUGAAAGUUAAAGUAAGUUGGUUUAUUAAAAGUAAGUGCUUUGUCUGGUUGAAGUGGUUUGCAGCUGAAUUGUGGGACAAGCUUAAUGUUGAAAGGUUUUGCCAAAUAGGACUGGAGGUUGAUUAAAAGCGCACUUUUAAUGCACAGAAAGCCACAUCUUUUGACUGAAACAUUGAAUGUGUUUUUUUGUCCUCUGUAUAAUUAAAAAUAAUUGA